GUCUCCUACAUCAUAAUCAUAUUCUCUUUUUUCAUCCUUGGAAUCUCUCUCUCUCUCUCUUUCUCAAGUCUCGACACUUUCACUUGUUCUCUUCCUUACUCCAGCAAAUCACGUAACAGUUUCUCAGCAUAUACAGGUUUUUCAAUGGCUUUGAUCAUUGAAUAGGCACUAAAGUACAUUUGAGGAGAUGAAAGGCGAGCCGGCUGGGCUGAUAAUCGGGGUAUCUAUAGGGGUAGUGAUUGGAGUGCUUUUGGCAAUUUCUGGAUUCUUCUGCAUUAGGUACCAUAGGAGGCGCUUGCAGAUAGGGAACAGCAGUUCUCGGAGGACAGCCACUAUUCCUAUCCGUGCUAAUGGUGCUGACUCUUGUACUAUAUUGUCAGACUCGACCAUUGGUCCAGAUUCACCUGUCAAAUCCGGACGCAAUGGUUCCUCCUUCUGGCUUGAGGGAUUUAAGAAGAGUAAUGUGGUCUCAAUGUCAGGAAUACCCGAGUAUUCUUACAAGGAUCUGCAAAAAGCAACCUAUAACUUUACAACAUUGAUAGGGCAAGGUGCGUUUGGUCCUGUGUACAAAGCUCAGAUGUCAACGGGUGAGACUGUUGCAGUUAAAGUUCUUGCAACUGAUUCUAAACAAGGGGAGAAAGAGUUCCAGACUGAGGUUAAGCUAUUGGGAAGGUUGCAUCACAGAAACCUCGUGAACUUAAUUGGAUAUUGUGCAGAAAAAGGGCAACAUAUGCUUAUAUAUGUCUACAUGAGUAAAGGCAGCUUGGCCUCUCAUUUAUACAGUGAAAAGCAUGAGCCGUUGAGCUGGGAUUUGAGGGUUCUUAUAGCUUUAGAUGUGGCAAGAGGCUUGGAGUAUCUUCAUGAUGGAGCAGUUCCUCCUGUAAUACACCGUGAUAUUAAAUCUUCCAAUAUUCUGUUGGAUCAGUCCAUGAGAGCCAGGGUAGCUGAUUUUGGACUUUCAAGAGAAGAAAUGGUGGACAAACAUGCAGCUAAUAUUAGGGGCACGUUUGGUUAUCUUGAUCCUGAGUAUAUAUCUACAAGGAAUUUCACCAAGAAAAGUGACGUUUACAGCUUUGGAGUUUUGCUCUUUGAACUCAUAGCUGGAAGAAAUCCUCAACAAGGUCUCAUGGAAUAUGUUGAGCUUGCCGCUAUGAAUACGGAGGGGAAAGUUGGGUGGGAAGAAAUUGUGGAUUCCCGUCUUAAUGGGAACUGCCAUAUGCAAGAGCUCAACGAAGUGGCAGCUCUUGCAUAUAAAUGUGUCAACCGUGCCCCAAAGAAACGGCCUUCCAUGAGAGACAUUGUACAAGUGCUAUCACGGAUGCUCAAAAUGAGGCACAACAGGAAGCACAUGAAAUCCUCGUCAUCCGUAACAGAUGAAGUCACAAUCGACGUGAACCAACCAGAAACCAAAAUCCAAAUGGCUGAACAUCGAAGAGAGGAGUCUGCGGACAGCAUAGCUGAUACCUAUGAAGUAUAGACGAUAGUUUUCCCAUUUGUUCAUUUUUUUUAAAAAUUUCUUGGUUUUUUGGCUUUGCUUUUUUGAUACAUGUGCAGUCUUUGAUGGGCUAGAACUAGCAGAUUUCAAGUAGUUCUGAUUUCUGCUCGAGUGACAGGAUUUCAGUUCAGCAUUUUUACUCUGUAACAUAUCUUUUUCUCUUUCUUCCUCCCUGUUUUGCUCAAAUGACAGGUUUCUAAUUUGUAUACCGUUCUCAAUCAAUGGAAAUGAA